GAGAGAGAGAGAGAGGAUGCAAUCCGGUGAGAUUGAGAUCUUCUUCUCUGCCUAUAGAAAUGUUUCUGUUAUAGGAAGAGAGAAUCAUGAUUAAGAUGCGAUGAUCUCAGAAAGGGAAAGUUUUGAUCUUUCAGGACCCUCUCACCUAACUUGUGUUGACUGGAACAAUGUGGACCACCAAAGGUCUGUUGCUGCUUGUUUUGUUCGGGGUGUCUACUUCUUAGAACGGGGCCGCCAGGAAAAUAGACGAGGCCCCCAAGCUCUAGCUUCCCCUUGGUGGGAGUUCUUCGGUUUCCGAUUGCACACUCCUCUCAUUGAUGAUGUCGAUCACUCUAUCUUCGGCGCCAUCUACGAAUUCACAUCACCUUCCUACGACUACCACUUGACAACAAAUGGAACUCCGCGUUACAUAAUUGCCUUCCGAGGCACCCUAGACGGAGGUUCAUUUUUAAGGGAUUUCCAACUGAACCUCCACCUCAUCGAGAAUGAACUCCACAGGACAUCCCGCUUUGAGAUUGCCAUGCGAUACGUGUGGAACACAAUUGAUGUAUCCGGAAGCUCGGACAUAUGGUUAACUGGCCAUUCCCAGGGGGCAGCCAUGGCAAUGCUCGCCGGAAAGACCAUGGCGAAAGCAGGCAUUUUUCUUGAAGCUUUUCUCUUUAAUCCGCCUUUCAUUUCUGCACCUAUAGAGAGAAUUAAAGACGAGAAUGUGAAACAUGUGUUGCGAGUCACGAGGAGUUUUCUAGCCGCAGGGCUCACCGUCACUCAGAAGGCUCGUCGCAUCCACUACCAGCAUACAGAUGUAUCAAAAGAUCCGUUUGUGGCUUUGUCGGAAUGGGUCCCGCGUCUUUAUGUGCACCCGGACGAUCACAUUUGCUCAGAGUAUUUAGGGUAUUUUGAGCAUAGGAAGACGAUGGAGGAGAUAGGAGCUGGGUGUGUGGAGAGGUUGGCCACCCGGAAUUCGCUUAGGGGUCUUUUGAGGAGUGCAAUGGGGAAGGAGAGUGAAGAAGUACCGUUACACCUUAUGCCUUCAGCUAAUUUAGUUGUUAAUUUAACUCCUGCGCAAGCUUUCAAAGCUCAUGGAAUUCGCCAGUGGUGGAGAUCUGAUCUGCAGUUGCAGUCUAAGGUGUACAAGUACAAGUAAUGUACAAGUACAGGUAAAUGACAUUGAAUUAACAUCGGCGAAAAAAGCUCAUGGAAUUCGCCAAUGUUAAUUUAAGGUGUUGGCAUCGUAUCUCUUUUAGUAACUUGGAGUUUGGUGGAUUGAUCAUGUUUUUGGGGUUUACGGGUAAUGGGGUAAUGGGUUACGAUGCUGCAUUGAUUUAUACCUUGUAAUGGGUGAUGAGGUAUUGAUUCAUUUCCCCAUGUAUCUGCUUGUUCAAUUGGUUUUGGUGCUGUGCACCAUUCUAGCCGUUCGUUUAGCAAUUCAAUAGUCCAAAUUUCAUCUUCACCGUGUAGCAUCCGAGCUGUUCGUUACCGAGAUGAGAUUUGGAUCGUUGGAUUGCCAACAAACGGCCCAGAUGGUGCACAGCACAGUGUUGGAGUGCUUUUUUGUUUGGUGCAAGUUAUUUAGGAAAGGCUGAAUGUAUAAACCAGACUCUUAUUACUUUAAUUCCCAAGCAGGAUCAUCCCGAAGCGCUAGCCCAUUUUAGACCGAUAAGGCUUGCGCAAUAUUUACCUGCGCGAAUCAUUUCAAAAGUGCUUGUGAGUAGGUUGCGGCCUUUGUUGAAUCAGAUGACUACUUUGUCAAUACUUGUAUAUACAGAGAACAUCUCCUGUUUGCAUCUGAGAAGAGGUAUUUUUAAUUUCAAGAAACUGCAAUUU